AUGGAUACUGUCAAUGUCGCAGAAUUGGUGGAGCGUCUGGGGAGCGACGAGGAUGCCGUGCGCAAAAUGGCCGUCUUCAAGCUCCAGGGCAACAUCGGCGACCCUUCGUUUGCCGACAUCUUUAUUGUCGAGGGUGGAUUGACGCGCCUGCGAUACCUGACCCUGCACGCCAGUGGAAAUACUCUUGCCUACAGUCUCACCAGUUUUGCGCGUUUGCUGGAAGUCGAUAAAGGCUGGGAAUGUGUCGACCAGGAGUUAGUUGAACGUAUUGUCGAGCUGAUUGUCACCCAUCCCCUCGUGAACAUCCUCCGCGGCGCCAUGUCCAUUCUGGUUUCCAUCGUCUCACAUCCUCACACCGGGAGUCGUGCCUCCGAAGCAGACCUGUUCGGUUUCCGCGCCCUCAAGCCAGCCAUUGCGAUCUAUCCUCAGUUCUUGGAGAUGCUCGUGAGUCGGCUGUCCUCGGCUGACCACGCGUUGUGCGCCAAUGCGCUCCAAUUGAUCAAUUCUCUCAUGCGCGACUCGAUCACUUUCGACUCCGAGGCCGAGUGGCCCAAGUUCAUUCAGAAACUGCAAGACCUUGGAGUGAUCCGAGCGGUCUAUGUGCUCAUGCAGGACUCGGCUCUUCAGGAUCUGGCACAUCCGCUCCUUGAAUUCCAGUCGCUCACAAAGGUGCUUCUUCGCAAGUGGAGAGACAUCCCCCUGAAUCAAGAGAAACCGGAGCACCGGAGAGCGCUGAAGGGAAUCUACGUGGCUAGCAAUACGACCAAGGGUGGUGUCGACGAGACUUCAGAGAAUGGCAAUGAUACACAGCGAUCCAAGCGACACCACCCAGACAAGUGGCGCCGACUAGGGUUCGAGUCGGAGAGUCCUGCAACCGAAUUCCAAGAGGUGGGAUUCUUGGGCAUGAUGGAUUUGGCGGACUACGUACGCAGCAACCAGGAUGAGUUUCAGAAGAUGCUCCUUGAGCAGUCCACCAAACCAGCACGUCAACGAUGUCCGAUCGCCCGGGCCUCGUUGGCCGUGACCUCCAUCUUGUACGAACACUUUGAAGUGGACAAGUCUGAGAUGGAUGAUUCUAAGAACUACAUGAUGUUGGAAUCACGGACCCAUUUUGAUAAGUUGUUCAAGCCUCUACUUCUGCACUGGACACGAUUGCAUGUCGCAGGGCUGCAGGCCUUUUUCCGCCUGUGGAAAGCCACUGCGGCGGAGUCUGAGGAUCUGGACAAGAUUGUCGAGCUGGUUCGCAUUCUGACAGAGUCUGUGGUGGGCGGUGCCGGUCGGACCAAGGAUGUACAAGAUAUCGAGGAGGAGCUGGCGAACUACGAGUACCAUCGGCUCCGGGAGCUGCAGAUGGAGCUCCUGGAGCUCACAUAUGAGGAUGCGUGGGGCCAGCACUUGCGCCAGGUCCGCGAGGAACUCCAACACGAGGCCUUGCAGUUUGUCAAGGAGCAGCGUAUUCGAUGCUUGCUUCAGGGCGCCUGGUUCUCUCUGGAACCCCCUUCCAAAACGGAGACAGGGACUGCUGCUCGGUCUACUGCCUCGCAUCAAUAUAUUCAACUGUCUCACAACCGACGAUAUCUUCACUUUGGGGAGUUUGAUUCGGUGGGUGAUCGAACCCCAGAGCUGGAUGCGCUGCCAGAGAAGAUCGAUCUAUCUACCGUCUCCUCCGUAGUAUCUAAUGUCUCGACCACUCCCGAUCACGCAUCCUCGGCCACUGUGAAGACCACACCUCGCCAGGCUUCCACGAAGAUUACCAUUCAUGGCUAUGCGCAAUCAUCAACAGGGCAUUCGAAGAGUCACCCUCAUACACGGACGGGCAGCAAAUCUACCCAGAAGGAGGUGGUUCUUCUGACCCUUCGACCAGCUUCUCACAGCGUGGCAUCUGAGUGGCUUGAUGGCCUGCUGAUGCUUCUCAACCAGCAGCCCAUCACGGCAGAGACGACCAAACUGAUCGACCUUGUUGGCAACUAUGGACUGAAAAUUCGACUGCUCAAUGUCCGAUUCGAUGAUGCCACCUUUGCGGGUGAAGCCCCUCCGGUGCCUGUGCGAGAUGGGCUGGACGAGGAUUACUAUUACGAUGUCUUUGGUGGUGCAUAG